AUGGCCGCCACCAAGCCCACUACCGUCCCCACCAACGACCAGAUCUUGGUCCCUGAGACUCUCCUCAAGAAGCGCAAGAGCCAGGAGAAGGCUCGCGCCGAGAAGUCCGCCGAGGCCGACAAGAAGAAGACCUCCAACAAGGAGAAGCGCCAGGUCGUCUUCAAGCGUGCCGAGAAGUACGUCAAGGAGUACCGUGACGCCGAGCGCGAGAAGGUCCGCCUUGCCCGCAUCGCCAAGCAGGAUGGUGCCUUCCAGGUUCCUGCUGAGGACAAGCUGAUCUUCGUCAUCCGCAUCAAGGGUAUCAACAAGAUCGCCCCCAAGCCCCGCAAGAUCCUCCAGCUCCUGCGUCUGCUCCAGAUCAACAACGGUGUCUUCGUCAAGGUCACCAAGGCCACCACCGAGAUGCUCAAGAUCGUCGAGCCCUGGAUCGCCUACGGUUACCCCAACCUCAAGACCGUCAAGGAGCUCGUCUACAAGCGUGGUUACGGAAAGGUCAACAAGCAGCGCGUUGCCCUCACCGACAACACCAUCAUCGAGGAGAACCUCGGCAAGUACGGCAUCGUCUGUAUGGAGGAUCUGAUCCACGAGAUCUACACCGUCGGCCCCAACUUCAAGCAGGCCUCCAACUUCCUCUGGCCCUUCAAGCUCUCCAACCCCAACGGUGGUUUCCGCACCCGCAAGUUCAAGCACUUCAUCGAGGGUGGUGACCUUGGCAACCGUGAGGACAAGAUCAACGCUCUCGUCCGCCAGAUGAACUAA